GCCGCUGCAGCUUGACUGACACACACAUGUACGUCCUCCAAUCUGGGCCGCUUUGAGCCACACCGUUUCAUCUGGUGCUAUCAGGGUUGAUGAGAGCCUCUUCUCUUUCUCGGUCGACUGCAGCUGCUGUGUGAACACAAUCAUGCUGUGAAGGCAUGUUAGGGUUUUGCUGUUGGUGCUUUGUGAGUUGGCAACCAGAUUUUCUGCACACCUGAAUGUCUCUGCUUGUGUACUGUGAAAGUGCAUCCCUUGGAAAGUAAUGGCAAUUCCAAGUUUGUUGUGAUGUGGCACGCUAAGUCUACAAUUUCAAAAUAAUAUCGGCUGCCAACAGGUUUUGUCAUGAUGAAAUCUACAUGGAUGUUGGUCAUUGCUGUGCUGGUACUAAAUGGAGCAAGGACUGAGGGUGACAGUGAGCCAUGUGCAAAGAUCCACACAUCCAGUUUGGUGGUGCCUCUGGGAUCACCUGUCACAGCCACCUGUAACAUCAGAGAAGACUGCCUUGUGGGGCUUGGUCAAGCUGUUGAUAUUGAGUGGCGUCUUGGCAGUGAGCGUAUUCUCAGCAGCCCUGCAGCCAAUGAGAGUAACAGGGUUUCCAGGGUUGUUUUAUCAAGCUUCAAUUACACCAGGGCAGCCCUCAUCUGCUGCAUCCGGGCUUCUUCUCAAGUUGUCACUGGAGUGGAGAUCCGAGCUGGAUAUCCACCAGAAACACCACAAAACCUCAGCUGUCAAACAAACCUCACCUACCCUGACACCUUGAACUGCAUUUGGGACACUGGACAGCAGGACACCCACCUCCCCACAAAGUACACCCUGCACACUGAAAUGAGGGACUCACGUGAGAACCAUACUUAUGAACUGCCACCAGAAAUCAAUCACUAUUCAAUUCCUCGUACUGACUUUGGUCUGUUCAGUGAUAUGAAUAUCUACGUAAAGGCAAAGAAUGACCUCGGAGAGGCAACUUCAGCACACAUUGUUCUGGAACCAGUUAGUGCAGCUAAAUUUGACCAACCCAUUAUUGCAAAGAUUGGUGUGCAACCUAAAAGGUUAGGUUGCCUAAAGCUGACAUGGAGCUUGUCAAAGCAGCAGAGUUGGAUUCGUUACCUUGCUGUAAACCUGGAAGUCCAACUUAAGACUGCAGGCAGCGACCAAUGGAGUGACCCACCAAUCCCUUUUAGCCAAGUUAAAUUAUCCAAACCAGUGGUGGAAUGCUGUCGUCUCUUUCAUGGGACUCGAUAUUUGGCCCAAAUUAGAGUCAGAUACAAGCAGAGCCCCUGGAGUGAGUGGAGCAGCAGCAAGUCUGGAGUCACCUUGGAGACUGCUCCAACUGGACGUUUAGACUCGUGGAUGAAGGUAUCAAGGAAUCGCACAAGCAAGAAACUCAACAUACAAUUGUUCUGGAAGCCAUCAAAACUAUUCUGUGCAAAUGGCCAAAAUCUGUCAUAUGUUGUCUUGCAACAAAAAUCCUAUGGUGAAAGGUGGAAAAUGUGCUCUACAAGUGAGACAUGCUGUUCUUUCCAGCUUUCUGGGAGAGUAAGGAAAGUGUAUCUGAGUGCUGUGAAUAGUGCAGGAAAAUCACCCCCCACUGAAAUUCGGGUUUACCAGCCUAAAGCUCACAUGACGAUCAUGGAUGUCACAGCUGUUCCUCACGAUGAAAGAUCAUUUCUGGUCCAGUGGACCGCUGAAGUUAUUUCAGAUCUCAUUGGUUAUGUGGUGGAAUGGAAACCUUUACUGAAAACAGACCUCUCCCACAUUCACUUUGAAACUGUGAAUAAAAGCCAGUCUAGUCUCAUCAUUACCGGCAGCUUUGAGCCCUACAAACCCUACGGGAUCUCUGUAUAUCCCAGGUUUAAGGAUGGGAUCGGGUCUCCUCAGACUGUUAAUGCCUACUUGAGACAAAAGGCUCCAUCAGUGGUUCCUAAAAUUCAAAUUAAAAAGACCUGGGAGUCACAUAUUGAGAUCUCCUGGGAUGAAAUUCCUUUAGAGCAAAGGAAUGGAUUUAUUAAGGGCUACAAAGUCUUCUACUGGGACGAGAAUGGACCAAUUAAAGUUGUGAGUGCAGAUGCAGAAGACAGGAGGGUGAUCUUGACAGACCUCAACACUGUGUCUCUGUAUGAAGCUUGCAUGAUGGUUAGCACAUUUGGUGGGAGUCUGAAUGGGUCAACAAUUUAUUUUAAAAUCAAGCCCUUUGAUGCGGUUACUGUUGUGGUCUCUGUAACUGGAGUUGGAGUUGGACUGGCAAUGCUGAUCAUUUUCACCGUCCUGAUCUGCUUUUCCAAAGACAAAAAGCUGAAGGGACACUUCUGGCCAGUUGUUCCAGAUCCAGCUAACAGCAGCAUUAAAAGAUGGUCAUCAGAAUCAACUCAGUUUACUCAUCCAUCCUGGGACGAGGAGCCAAAUCUAAUAUGCUUGUCCCAUCUCAGCUUCCUGGAUCUUACUACCAAACUCAGCAAAGAAGAGGAUGAUAUUUGGUUAAACAGCUCAGAAGACACCAGUGAUCUUGGAGAGUCGAUUUGCGGCUCACCAUUCAUGCCUUCAUAUUCUGGCUCAAACAGCGAGUCUGUUCCUUAUGCUACCGUGCUGCUGUCCUAUUCAUGCAACGGUCCAAUAUCAGAUGAGCCUCAUGUCUAUCUGCGCUCCGAAUCCACACAGCCCCUCUUGGAAACUGAAGGGUCUUUCACUCCAAAAUGCUACCAAAAUGGUGCAAUCGAUGAGAUGCCAACGAAGCAGUGUUUUUUUGGGCCCUGUGAUAAUGAUAACCCUGAAAUAAAGGAAGACCCACCCAUUGUAUGGGAUGACUUUCCCUUCCUACGUGCUUUAGCCAUGAAUAAGAUUGAAAGUGACUCAAAUUAAUUUGUUGAUCAUGAGAAUACGCUUGCAAAGGUUUUUUUUUUUUUUUUUUUGGUUUUUUUUUAAGAUGAGCCUACACAGCAUAAAAUCUCUGUAGUCGCCAGUUAGAUUGAGAGCCUAGAUUUUAAUGCAAGAUUGUUUUUUUUCCGUGAUUCUUUUUACAUUUGUAAAAUAAAGUUAUAUUUCUGUACUUUUAUGAUACUGUUAAGGGUUAAACGUAAAUCUGUGUAAAAACCUAGUUUGGUUACAGUUUUAAAAAGUUAAACAGUUAGAGGUCAAAAUGUCAAAUGUCUGAGGUUUUGUUUAUUUAUGAAGCCCUGUCCCCAAUUCACUGGAAAAGAUAAAUACAAAAGUCCUAAAAGAAUUAGUUUUUAUCAGAACCUGUUGAAGCCAAGAUGCUAGGCUUGCUAAGCUGCAGUUGCUAAGCUUGCUAAGCUGUAACAAUAUAGAUUAUUUUGUACCUUCCUCAUUUCCUCCUUACUGUGAGUGGUAGAAAGCAAAACCAUGGGUCCUCAACCAGACUCCAUCCUGACUAGAUUUUGUCAAUUUGGCAGUUUUGAUUAAAACUUUACCAUACAUAUGGGCAAGUUUAGGAAAGUAGCAGCUUUCUUUAGCCGCUUUCUGAUGUUUGAGGAUCAGCAUCUGCCAAUCUGAUUUUAAUGGAAUGUUCUGUUGUUUUACCGUUUUUUGAACAGUAACUAAGAACUAAGCCUCCAUGCCAUGUCUCCGUGUCUAAUAAAAUAAAUAUUUUUACACAUCAGGGGAGCCAAUUUGGCGAAAGUUAAAUGUUAAAGAGAUAGGUAAUUUGGUUAAUUGUAUGUAAAGUAUAUGUUGCGGUAGAAAAUUACUGACUGACUGACUGACUGACUGUCUUGUUGACCUCAGGAAGACACAAGUGUGCUACGAUGACCUGCCCUUCUCCAUCUCUGAUUGGCCACUACUUAUUGCUGUCAAUGGGUGCAAUAGUUAUGCAUACAAAAAGGAUGAGGAUCAGUUAAAGCAAGCUUGGGCUGUAGCUUGGGAAGUAAGGUAUGCUUUUCUUUAAAGACAGAACAAAACAUAGUAAAAAAAAAAAAACAGUAACACUUUUCUGCUUUGCGAAGAAAAUCUUUUUUUGCUUAACCCUAUAUCAAUGUGGAAGAAGUUAUUGCCAUUUUUUUUUAUUAUAAUCGUAUCAUAUAGCAUACAAUAUAUGUGAUGUACCCAUCUAUGUGAUUUCCCAUGCGAGUGGCCAGAUGUUAUAUUUCUCAAAGGACUGUCACAGUUCUGCACUCUGACAAAUGUGUAAGUAACAAUUGUUUAAGUUUUCCGAUGAUUAUCUCUGCUAUCUGUCUAAAAACCUUUUCCUUAAGUGAAAGUAGCCACAUUUUCUUAUCUGUAAGGUUUUUUUAGUACAGCUUCUACUUUAACCCUAAGUGUUGUAGAGUUAAAAACAUAAAAAAAAAAAAAAACCAUUACAAGUUCUCCUUUCUAGUUCUUUUAAACAGAAGUAAUAAUAUUCUUUCAUUUGUAUUAAUUUAUUUUGGAAAAGAACAUAGUUGAUAAAUGCAUUGACAAAUGUAUGAUAGAUGUUAUGCAUAAAUGGUUCAAACAAAAAUAAUUAGAACAUAGUACUAAUGGUUCCACAGAGUGCUGAUCAGAUAGAUGACUGUAAAUUAAUUAUUUCAUGAAUCUGAAUUUGACUUAAGCAAUACCUUGCUAAAGUAUUCAUCCCACUUGAACUAUAUACAUUUUUUAUGUUACGAACAAUACACCAGUGUUUUUAUUGGGACUUUAUGGGGUCAGCCAACAGAAAACAGUGCCUGAUUGUAAAGCGGAACAAAAAUGUGUAUUUGUGACAAAUAAAGGGCACAAGAAAGGACACAAGGGAGAGAGAAGGGAAAGAAUGACAUGAGGAGUCAUUUAGACAAUGAAACGGGAUAAAGUAUGGACGGCAAAUGUUCUUCCAUAUGUUCAUCUGGAAAAUAGGCUACUGACAUCAAAUUUCAUACUUUUGCAGACUGUGUAGGAGUCCUGUUAAUCAUUAUUAAUAUGGGGUUCCGGUGUUGUGCGAAAUUAUGUUCACUUUAACCUGACGGACAUCAGUCAGCCACCAAACACGUUGUGUUUAUGUUUUUUAUUACUGUUAUAAAACAAUGUAAGCUCACUCUGCUGGAGACGAAAAAUCAGGCUUCCUGAAUAGAGUGUAGCUUAUCAUUCUGGUAAAUCGCGUUCUAAUGUAAAAUAUGACAAAAUGCUGGAUUUAUGAAAGAUAUUUCUAGUAGCUAAUUUUUUAUCGGUAAUGUCUGAUGUUGUUACCCCAUGGGACAUGGAUUAACCAAUCAUCUUAUGUUUUGGGUCGAUCAUUCCUCAUAUCAUACAAAACUAUCCUUGUGAAUUUGGACACAUUUGCUCUUUAUUUGGCAAAGGUACAGAUGGGAACCUUUUAUUUUGACUGUCUGAAAUAUUCUGUUCCCCCCUCAUAACAUGUGAACAAAAUAACUUACAGGCAAAUGUUUUACUGUGUUCAUUCCUCUCGUCAUGGACUAUUUUAAUAUUAUGAGAUAAUUCAAAGGUAUUCAGAAUAUUCCAGAAUAUUUCAGGAAGCUGAAAUAUUCUGUUCCCCACUCAUAACAUGGAAACAAAAUAACUUACCAGAAUCAUGGAUGUUACAUCCAGUGAAUUUUGAGACUUUGUGGCUCUUUCCUUCCCAUAGUUACCUUAUAUGAAGUUUUGUAAAGAAAAAUAUCAAGCUUAUUUUUCAAACUGUAAUUUAUUCACUUUUAAAGAAAGCCUAAACAAACAAGCACACCACAGCAUUCACACAAACUUAAGGAGAACAUGCAAAGCACUUGAAUGUGUUUUCAUGCCUGAUGAAACCACCUCAGGCACGUCUCGCAUUGGAUCUAAAAAAGGGACAAAUAAUACAAGGCAUUUUCAACUAGAAUAUCUCUUUACAAUUACAACAUCUAUUCAUUUUCUAUUCCAACUUAUUCCAACUUCGGUCUACAGGAGGGUAGGACCCUAUUAAAGCUUGUAUAAGCAAGAUAAAAUUACCGUUUUUGUUAUGUUCAAACAGUUAUGUUUGAAUAAUUUUAAAAUAUUGUUACCCAGUCCAAGUCUGUCUUGUUUUCCAUCUCUCUGCAGAAGUGGCACAAGUCAUCUGAGUCAUCUGAUAAGAAUAAAUGUAAAGUAUAAAAUCAUACCUAUAUAUACAGUUUUUCAUGUUUUUGCAUAUUCACUCAGCAAAUUUUUGUGUUUCAAAGUUUGUUUGUCUGUGGAGCUCAGUGACUUGCUUUGAGAUUUAUAUAUGGCCACUAUAUCUGGUAACUAUUAAACAGGAUGUGAUAAGCACAAACACAAUUUAUUCAGGAGGUGUCUAUGAGUAUGUACCAUUUUUGGACAUAAUUAGUGAUAAAAGUAGCAUUAUGAACUUUAAUAAUAACAGAAAAUAUAAUGGUUGAAUUUAUCUAUUUGUGAACAAAUAAAUCAUUUUCUAAAAUAAA